CGCAGGUUUCAGAGUGAACAGAGACAGAGUGGUUCCAAGAUUCUUCCUUUCCUUCUCACGGAUUUGAUGGAAUACAUGCUGCUCUCUACUCUAUCAUAGAAAGUUUUCUGCAAGCAUCGUGGAAAAAGCAACAGACCAAAAAAGACCUCUAGAAGGAAAAUGAGUUCCACACAAGUCCUUCGCCCCUUCAGCAUUUCUCAGCCUGCUGGAGCAAGAGCUGAACUGGUCAAGUACAUGACGUUAAGUCGGAGACAGAAUGUUUGUGACCGACCCGUGCAUCAUCAGUCACGAAGGGCCGACCUUCAGUCUUCACGACUCUUCUCCUUCUCAUCGCCAUCUUUGUCUCGAGGGUCGUCAGUCCUGCGGAGCUGUUUUCGCAAAAACAGAAGCAGCAUGAUCAGGAAACGUGUGGUGUUUGCUGAUGACAAAGGACUUGACCUCACCGCUGUGCAUCUUUUCACCACAGAACCCUUCUCCUCCUCUUCCCCUGACCCACUGAAGGAACCCUUUUUCGCCCCACUCCCCCAGCGGCAAUUGGAUUUCCCUCAGCCCACACAAAACAUAGAAGAUUUUCUUGCACGUCUGCAAAGGAGGAAGCUCCAAAUGGAGAGUUGCAACAUUUCCAACAACACUUUAAGUGGCAAAGUGUGUGUAAUCCAUAGCACAAAUAAAGCAGCACACAUGCGGGUAACUUUCGAUUCAUGGAAAAGCCAUCAAGACAUGCUAUGCACAUUCGUUGAACACAAGCACUUCCUGGGUUUAGACAUAGCUGUUUUUUCUUUUAAAGUCAACUUACCCCAAAACCUUUACCCAAACAAGAAAACAGAGUUUUACUUUUUCAUUCACCCAGAACCUGGCUGUGCUGCCUACUGUGAUGACAACCGGGGACAGAAUUACAGAGUGUGCAUGCAAAAACAUGGAUUACACAGUAACCAUGGUAACAUAAAUCAUUUUCACCGUGAACUUUCAUAUAGCUGGCAACCAAACUGUUGGUCUGACCUGCAUCAUGAUCAUCAUCAGAGAUAUUUGUCAAGCAGGAAUCUGCAGAUUGAAAGGAUUUGCGUUUAACCACAAAGACGAGAACGUGGACUCUGAUGAAAACAUUAAUUUUACUAUUUAUGGAAGCAUGGGCUUUGAGGGGUGGGUAAACAAUUUUGAAAUCUCUGUUGGAUGGUGUGAAGCCUACGUUGUAAACUUCUGGAAGAUAACACCCUCUGGUGUUAAACUACCCUGCAAUGUAAAAGAAAAUGUUUCUAUUCAUCUUGUAAUUAAAUAUUUGUAUUAUGGA